AUGGAAAUAGGACCAUUUACAGGUCUGAUGUUUGAUCUCAACUUCUACACAACUUUGAUUUCGGAUAGUGAGAUAACUGAUCUGUACGAUGCUGCACUGGCAGGUGCAAAGGUUGAACCUUCUUUGUCAGACAAAUUUUCUAAAUACAAGGCGUUCGGUUGGGAGGAUUUACUGAAAAAGACCAGAGAGAUUAGUGGUACAAGUUGCUUCUCCGAAAUUCAUGCAGGAUUCCCUGACAGCGGGCAUGACAGUGACGAUGACAGCAAGGAUGACAGCGACGAUGACAGCAAAGAAGACAGCAAGGAUGACAGCAAGGAUGACAGCAAGGAUGACAGCGACGAUGACAGCAAGGAUGGCAGUGAUCUUGAGUCGGAUCUGAGAAACAUAAAGACAGAACUGGAAUACACAAAGUUGGAACUAGAAAAAGCAAAGAAGGAACUCAAGAAUGGAGCUGAAUGUGAAUUGGAUCUGAGUAACAUAAAAGUAGAAGUAGAACUAGAAAACGCAAAGUUGUAA